GCUUAUGCUGCUUAUUAUUAUGCUGCUUAUUAUGCUUAUAAUGCUAAUGCUGUUCGUUUCAUCUUCUCUCCUGAUCCCGAGCUUUCCGCUGGGAAGGGAGCUGUCACUGGUAUCGACUACAGCAAAGAUUUCAGCUCGUACAAGAUGUUUAUUAUUCAGAAACUCGACACCCCAUACGGGAAAGCACUAUUCGAUCUCUACAACCAGAUCAUUUUCGGUUCGGCUACAGUGAAUACGAUCGCAAAUGAUCUGGGAGACGGGGACGAAAGCAGUGGCAUCGAGGAUGCAACCAAUCAAUUCGACACACUCUCCCUCGCCCCUCCUGAACUUGCUACUCAUGGUAGUAUCGAACAAGAUGCUCUCGCCACUUCCCUUCCCGCCAGUCCUAACGUUGAACAAAGAGUCAUCAGCGCUGGACCAUCGCAGGAGCACAGCCGUGGCAAUCGGGUGUCUGAUGUCGCACAGGAACAGCUGCUUUCAACAACACAUCAUGCGGCUCCAUCUACGUUGGUCACACCAGAAGCCAGGGUUGUAGAGAAGUCAAAGAAAGGGAAGGCAAGGGAGAAGGGACCUGUUCAGGACACAGCGGCGGAGGUUGUUGAGGCUGUACCAGGUACUCGCAAGCCUCGCAAACCACGCGCGCGCAAAACUUAG